CUAUUAAUACUUUUAGCACGCAAAUUGGCUCUCUAAAACGCUUAAUAAAGCCCCAAAGGGCCCGUUUGUUUACUCAAGACAUUUACAAGUCUGUCAAUCACCGACUGAACGAGCCACUCGUCUGCAAAAGGCCUGGCAAUAAAGAAGCCAUUUAAGUGCUCGAAAAAGAGUAUUCCGCCAGAGGGGAUUCGAACUUCAAACAAGUAUCUUCACAAAGGUUUCUGCAACAGAGUUGAAGUGCAGUAAAUCGCAAACGACCCGGGCCGACAUGUUUUACCAAGACCCGUUCCUAUUUUAUCAGCAGUCUCCACACUACUCUCCUCACAACAUUGUCCCUCCUUCUCCCAAAUACAGCCCUCAUCUAAUGGGAGAUUGCUCCGCGCAAUCUGCGUAUUUCGUCUCUAAACAACCUUCACAUUACCAAGACGUUUGUCCACAAAAGCCAUCGCCCAGGAGCGCAUUCGACUGCAGCAUGCAGCCUUUCCUUCCUCAACCACAAAUGCCUAAAGUUUCACAAGAUUCUCGCUCUGAUAUCCUUCAUAGUCUGCCAGUAUAUUUUCGCGUCAAGCCAAGCCUGAGAACUCCAAGUGGACGUAAAUGUCGAAAAUCACGCACAGUUUUUACCGAUUUACAGCUAAGAGUGCUUGAGAAAACCUUCUCCGAGCAAAAAUACCUCGACUCGACAAACCGCGCGAAACUCGCGCAGAUUCUCGGCUUGAACGAAGCACAAGUGAAAACAUGGUUUCAGAACCGACGAAUGAAAUGGAAGAAGAAGAAUAACAAAAACAGUUCAGUGGAAAAGGACAAAGAAAAGUCGGAAAGUUCAUCUUCGGGGGUUAAAGACAAAACGCCUGCGAGACCAAGAGAAGAUAGAGCCGUCGAGAUAACGUCGGCAACGGAAAAAACUGUCGUCCAAAAGCGAGAGAAUGUUAGCAGAGAACAGAGAAGCGAACAAAACAGUCUUUCGUCGAUGACAUUGUAGUGUAUAUAACAACAAUGAAUGCACUCAGAGUUGAGAAAAAACAUGAUAAAGUCUAGAAUUCUGCGGGUAGUCUAGUUAAUGGCUUUCUGCAGAAAAUGCUAACUAGAUGUUGGGCAAGUGGGGGGAUAUAUUCCGAUAUGUCUUUUUAAUUAUUGUAGGCUUUGAAAAGAAAAUGUCAAGGUAAAAUAACCAUAUUUAACGCGAGAAAAAUAGGGUUUGCAAGGUCGGGGUAAAAAUAAAUGUAUUAGGAAAAAUUCCCGAAUUUGUAUCAUAUGUAAAUGAAAGAUUCAUUACCCACAACCUUCGCACAAAAUGAGUUGUUUUAUUCUUUUUUUUGCGGUUUUGUUAACUAUUGUCAUUAUUGCUAUUAUAUUAUUCGCCAAGGAACUCAUCGUCAAUUUCGCAAGCAUGAAGAGUCAUUCUUGUUUUUAGGUUUUCCGUCAAAAGUCAGUAAAAUGCGCAAAUAAAUUAACAUCAAAUCAAAGUUUUGCCCCAACAGUUUUAACUACUUUAGUUGUUAUAGUUAUUGACUUAAAAUACAACGUUUAACGAGCUGUAAUUAGUAGAAAAUGUACUAUUGCAAAGGGUAAAGUGUAUUAAAGUUUACUAAAAGGA